UCUAUAUGCAGUGGACAUACUUUUGGAUGCUCAGGUCAGAAAUGGCAGAGAUAACGCAGCGCUUCAGGCCUCUGGAUACAGCGAGAGACGAAGGUGGGAUAUGCUGCGAUUCCGCCGUGUGCUACGGGGCUACAUCUUGUUACAAGGUAAGCUGUUAUCACAGAUUCCCUGAGAGACGAACACAUGCAGAGGGCCGAGACAAGAGAGAUGUGACAAAACAGAGGAAGAGACGAGAACAGCAGCACACAUUUCUCCAUCUUGUUCCUGUGUCCUCGCAGUCGUACAAUGGUCAUGACAGCACUGUUGUGUCUUGGGCCGUAGGGCAGAGCAGAGGGCAGGGGCUGCAGCUAUCAGCUGAUACUGUUACAGUGGAGGCCGAGGGCACCUACUUCAUCUACAGUCAGGUGCUGUAUAAAGACACCACCUGGGUCAUGGGUCAUGUGAUCACGAAGAGGCUCAAGGGGGCGGAGACUAAGCUGAUGAAGUGUCUGAAAAGCAUGCCCAGUAACGUCAGCCAGCCUCUCAACACCUGCUACACUGCUGGAAUUUACUUCCUGGAGUCCGGAUCCACCCUUCAGCUCUCUGUUCCCCGCAAAUCAGCAGAGCUCAUCCUGACAGCUCACACCACCUUCAUGGGCCUCUUCAACAUAUGACACGGACACACGUGUGAUUUACAUGCUUAACAGAAACCUUGUUUAUCCUCUUGCAUGCUAGUUUUAGUUCAGACACUCGUGCUUUUAUGUGGUGAAUGGAUGACACCUAGUGGACAAUUGAAACACUGUGGCAUGUUGGAAAGGUACAAAAUGCAUAUGGCACUACUGUGUUUGGACAUGGUAUCAUGGUAAUACCAUGUGUUUUUGGACAUAUACUGUGGGCAAUGUAAAUAUCAUGUAAUAUCAUUAA